AUGUAAGAAGAAACCUUUUAAUUAUAAAAAAAACAGGUGAUAGAAUAUACCCACAGAAAAUUUAUUAAACCUCUUUAACGAAAAUGUCAAUCCAAAUCUUAAAACUCUGAUGAUUUUUACUUGACUUUGGAAACCUGCCUUGACUCCAAUGCCAUUUCAAACUUCUGUAAAAGAGGAUCUAAUUUUUCUAUAGAAGAAGAAUAUCAUCCAUAAUUUCUUCAAAAUCCUUUAGUUAAUGAAUUACCUAAUUUGGAUAAAGUUCAAGUUCAAUUGAAUCACACUAUUCAAUAAUAACCAGAAAUUACCUAUAUACAUACUGAUAUGUUCAAAAAUGAACACUCUAACUUAAGGGAUUCUGAACAUAAAUUAUGGAAUAUUCAAAAUGAUUGUGAUGAACUGUAAGAAGAUCCUAUUGGAGACGAUUAUAAAUUGAUAUAAGUGGAUGAUAUCAAUUACUUAUAAACAUUUCAAAGUAAUAUUAUAGAAAAUCAAAAAAAGGCAUCACGAGAUAAAAAACAGACUCCAAAAAUACUUCAUCAAGACCUCACUAAAGGAAUUCAUAAAAUUUUAAUUAAAAAAUGA